AUGUUCGUCAUUUACAAAGAGACAUCUCAACUAUUGAUAUGCCCAGUAAUUAGAACGAAUAUAAAAUUACUCAGUUCAUUGUCAAGUACAUCAUUAUCAACAUUAGCAGCGCAACAUUGUCGCUGCUAUUCUUAUUUAUCUUCACCGCCUUAUUCGGUGCUGAUUUGUUCAGCUGCCAACACCCUUUUCCGGCUCAUAGAGGCUUUUGUCGGUCAAGUCGAAGAAUUGCAAAAAAACUGUUUGCAUAAAAUUAUGAGCACACGCCAAUCGAAUCAAGAAAACUCAUCAAUUUUCGACAGUAACCGAUCGCGCCGCCAACAACCAACACCUUCAAAUAUACCUUCGAAUCAACAACAAGAACCAUUGAACUCUUCUCCAUCUCAUAGUGAUCAAGCCUCAAAAGCCUGUUGUUUUUGCUGGUGUUGCUGUUGUUCCUGUUCGUGACGUGGGUCUCUUCGUCAUCACAUAUUGACAGUCAGCACCACUACACACUGA